GAGCGGAAAGAGGUGCGCUCCGUAUUCGUGGACGAUACAUCAAUAUUUUUUUUUCUUAUAUCUCGCCGUUUUACUUGCUUCCGUGUGGUCCGAGUCUAGUGGUUCCAGAGGAUAUUAACACGGCGUCGGGUUCACACGAAUGGAAUCAGCAAGAUGGAGAGGGCAAAGUGACAACUAUGAGUGUAGCAGUGUCAGCGGGCAUGGGUGAGUCUUGCCCACUGCAACAGGAGAAGGAUGACAAGGAGCUGGAGGAGUGGAGGCAAGAAGUGAGGGCCAAAGUAACAGCACUCAAAUGCCAUGUUAUGGCUUCCAGGGGCCUCACGCCCGAAGGUAAUAUUGUUCCCCCUUAUUCACCGAGAAUCCUCCUUGAAGCUCCUCCAAAUGCUCGCCUCCUUCAUGAUGCCGACAAUCUUGAUCUUAAUGCUUACACUGAGUCUCUUCAGAAUAGAUCAAAAAGCAGCUGCACCAAAGAUGAAACAGAAUACAACACUGAGGAAGAGGAAGUCUUACCUCAAGAACCUUUAUCACUGGAUGAUGUCCAUGUAAGGUUAAAAGAAAUUAGAGUCGGUAGCAGCGAUGGUCAGAAACCCUCGGCCUCCACCCCAUCUCCCUCUAAAUCUGUACAUAGCCUCAAUAAUAAGUCCCAACCCUCAUCGCCAUCACAUUCUCCUUCAACAUGCUCAUCCUCUCCUCAGUCCCCCUCCACAUCUUCACCCACGACCCUCUCACCUUCCAAACAAUCUUCACCCAACGUGAGUGAUGUAAAUAGUCCGGCUGCUGACAACUACUCUCAAGUUAAUGGUGUUACGGCCUCCAAAGUGGAGGAUGUGGAGGAAGAACUUGGCAAAGUAAAAGGUGAACUGAAACAUAAAGCAGAAGAAGUGGAGAGAUUAUCCCGGAUUAGAGAUGAAGUUGAGAAUGAACUCCAGGAGCUCACUGCCAAUCUCUUCCAGGAAGCUCAUAGCAUGGUGCAUAAUGCCAACCAAAGAGCAGCAAGUGCUGAAAGGUCUCUUCGUGAGGCCAUGAUGCAAGUGGAAGUGCUCCAGGCGGAGGUCACAGCUCUUAAAGCACUGGUAAUCACAAGUACCCCGGCAGCUCCUAACCCUCACUUGCAUCCCCAGCUCAUCAGCAAAAGUAUUACUGAAACAGGAAAAAAGAUAUUUCAGCGUGGCCACCGCAAGUCACCCUCCGAUUUUGAUCUUAAAUAUGGCAGGGACACAACUCCUCCAAGCUCACCAUUGAAAGAGAGCAGAAUAAAUGAUGCUGCCACAUCACAGCCUCAGUUUCCUCUUGACCCUGAGUGCUGGGAGGUUGACCCAGUUGUACACAAGGAGUUCAUCAUGUGGAAACAAAACCCUGUUCUAGAUCAGUCGGAUCCUUUCAUGCAACGUAUUUAUGCAGAAGAUAUAGAUCUGUGCAUGGCAUUUCCCAAUUCCACGUUAGCCCACCGAGUUCAGAGAGCCAUUGAGGAUAAUGAUGUCUUUAUCGAAGAGGUGAAUCCACGGCAGAAAAGCAGUUGCCCCAAAGUUGACCCAGAUGACACCAGGAAGUGUGUUCUGCUGGAUGUUCCACGCUUCUGCAAGUAUCGAUUCAGGCUUGGGGAAUCAGACGAUACCUGGUAUUACAUUUCACAAUUGGCAAGGAAUAGGAUUAUUGCCAUUUGUGACUUCCUCAACUACUUACGCUACAUUAAGCUUGGUCUAGUCAAGAGUUCAAUUCAUGACAUGUACUGGGAGAUUGUAAAGCUUCGGCGGCAGAUGGCUCUGGCUCGACUUGGAUUUUAGUUUAUUUAUUACCUGUACUUCUUAACAACAGAAGGCUAUGUGGGAAGAGACUCAGUGAAGCUAGAUCUUAUAGA